CUAAUACAGUUAGUAAGCAACACUUACAUUUCCUGUGUCUGAUGAGCUAUUCAAAAGGGCAAAAACGAUUUGAACAGAACCGAUGAUCAGAACUAAAAAGACUACUCUAAUUACUAGAGCAACUUCAAUGGCUAGAAAGAGAAGCUCUAAAACGAUGACAUUGUUUCUAUUAUUCGUCUCUUUAAUCACGUUUGGACUCUUCGUUCCAGUCUUCGCUUCUCUCCCUUCUCUCUCCUCAUCCUCCUUUCACCACUCUGAUCGUUCCCAUCGCCACGGAAAGUUCUUCAAAGCCAAUGCUCGAAGCUUUGAGAUAGCAGAUGAUAUGUUCUGGAAAGAUGGGAAGCCUUUUCGGAUAAUUGGUGGUGAUUUGCACUAUUUUAGAAUUCUUCCUCAGUAUUGGGAAGAUAGACUGUUGAGAGCGAAGGCCUUGGGCUUGAAUACCAUUCAAACUUAUGUUCCCUGGAAUUUGCAUGAACCGCAACCUGGAAAGUUGGUUUUUGAGGGUAUUGCUGAUCUUGUUUCUUUUAUCAAACUCUGCCAGAAGUUGGAUUUCCUUGUUUUGCUUCGAGCUGGGCCUUAUAUAUGUGCAGAGUGGGAUUUAGGAGGUUUCCCUGCUUGGUUGCUAGCUAUAGAACCUGCUCUCAAACUGAGGUCCUCUGAUCCUGCUUAUCUUCAAUUGGUUGACAGAUGGUGGGGAAUCCUAUUACCAAAGGUAGCUCAUCUUCUUUAUGACAAUGGAGGUCCUAUAGUAAUGGUUCAGAUUGAAAACGAAUAUGGUUCAUAUGGGCAUGACAAAGCUUAUCUUCAUCACCUAGUCAAAUUGGCUCGAGAACAUCUGGGGAAGAAUAUAAUUUUGUAUACUACUGAUGGAGGUUCGAGAGAACUUCUUGAGAAAGGAACCAUUCGUGGAGACGCUGUCUUUUCAGCUGUUGAUUUCUCCACUGGUGAUGAUCCUGAACCUAUAUUCAGGUUACAGAAGGAGUUCAAUGCUCCAGGGAAAUCUCCUCCGCUUUCUGCGGAAUUCUAUACAGGUUGGCUGACACACUGGGGGGAGGAGAUUCAACAGACAAGUGCUGAUUAUACAGCGUCUGCCUUGGAAAAGAUUUUUGCACAAAAUGGUUCUGUUGUGCUUUAUAUGGCACAUGGUGGAACAAAUUUUGGAUUUUAUAAUGGAGCAAAUACCAAUUCUGAUGGAUCUGGUUACAAGGCUGAUAUCACUUCUUAUGAUUAUGAUGCACCUAUCAAGGAAUCUGGUGAUGUUGACAAUGCAAAAUUCAAUGCUCUGCAGAGGGUUAUUGGGCAUCAUAGUGCAACAUCUCUUCCCUCUGUUCCUCCAAACAAUAAAAAGAUAGGAUAUGGACCUAUUCAAUUACAAAAGACAGCGUAUUUUUUUGAUUUUCUCAAUAUGACUAAUCCUGCUGAUGUCAUUGAAUCCAGAAAUCCAGUCUCAAUGGAGUCUAUGGGACAGAUGUUCGGAUUUUUAGUGUAUGCUUCUGAAUAUGCUUCAAAGGAUGAUGGAAACAUUCUGUCCAUAGCAGAGGUGCAUGACAGAGCUAAAGUGUUUGUGUUAUGCACUUCUGAUUAUGAGGGCAGAAGGCCAACAUAUGUUGGUGCAAUUGAAAGGUGGUCAAACAAAAAACUUUUCCUUCCUAACGACAAAUGCGUCUCCAACAUCAGCUUAUUUGUUUUGGUUGAAAACACGGGCCGUGUAAAUUAUGGACCAUAUAUGUUUGAUAGGAAGGGCAUUUUGUCUUCUGUUUAUCUGGAUGGAAAAAUUUUGCAUGGAUGGAAAAUAAUUUCAAUUCCUUUACACAACCUGAAUGAGGUCCCAAAAGUCAAUGUCAUCGCUCAAGUUGCACAUUUGGGACUUAUUGCAUCAUCAGCUCUAAGGAAGUUGGAUGACAACUCUGAGAGUGUUUCUACAGAGCCAACAUUCUAUACUGCCCAUUUCUCUGUUGAGAAAGCACAUCAAGUUAAAGAUACAUUCUUAUCAUUCAGUGGUUGGGGUAAAGGGAUUGCAUAUGUAAAUGAUUUUAACAUUGGAAGAUAUUGGCCGUCUUUUGGACCACAAUGCACUCUUUAUGUACCUGCUCCAAUCCUUCGGCACGGAGAAAAUGUUCUGGUCAUACUUGAGUUAGAAUCUGAACAUCCGGAGCUUGUAAUACAUUCAGUUGAUCGGCCAGACUUCACAUGCGGUUCGAGUAGAUUGAAUGUUCAUCAACUUUAGCCAUACAUUCUAUACACAAUCGUUGGAAAGUGAAUAACAUAUUACAUGCAGAUAGCUGCGACAGUUGAUCUCAACAUCUGCAAUUGUCCAUGCAUGUACAUUGGCUUCAUAUUUGUUGUAGUAUCCCGAACUUUUAAUUUCCAAAAAAAUUGUUUAACUGCAACUUGUUGGUCUUUUUACUUACGUGGAGAAUAUGAAGUCCCAAGUUCAAUUUCUGAGCGUACGAGCUCUCACCGAUUUGAUAAAUAAAAGAAGGGUUACUUUAUUGUGUAGUUUCCAA